AUGUCUUCGCAAGCCUCCAACCCUCCUCCUGGUCCCAUCCCCAAUGACAGAACCCCAUGUCUCACAGCCAAUUCCCAGAAAAACGGCACCGACUCCAACACCCCACCAAAGGAAGUUCCAUGCAGCAUUGCUACUCUCCUUCUUUGGAACCAUGAGCUCCACCGCCAAAACACUCUGCUCGCCACUGAUCUCAGCCGCGCCAAAAAACGUCUUCGCCAUACUCAUGACAAUAUGUUUCGGAUGCGUGAAGUUAUCGACGAAAUGAACUCUUUUGCCAUGAGCCUUGUCAUGUCCCAAAGUGGCCGUACGACUCGUGAGUACUUCGAGACUGCUGAUCAGUACCGGCGAUGGCAGCUCACGAUGCCUAUACCACGACCAGAAGAUCGGUGGCCGUAUUCGGAUUACUUUGAUGCCUUUCUUGCUGGCUUGGAUGAUAUGGAUGAGCGCAAUGCUUUCCUUCGUGAUAGGAUGGAUUGGGAGUCUCUUCGCACGUACUUUGCGGGUUUGAAGGAUAAGGAUCGUGUUUAG